AUUUACGUAGAACCUAGUCCCUAUUUAUUUUUAAGUGUUUUGAAACUACAUACUCGGUUUGGUUUUAUGAUGGUAAAUAAUAGAAUGUGCACCAUAAAAGUGGUUAAUGGUGAUGACAGGAAUUGUAAUGGUGUUGGGAAUGAUGAUAGAACUUAUCAUUAUGAAGAAGCGAUUGAUUUAACAGGGAAUGGGUGCUACAACUACGGUCUCCUGGCAGUCUUGAGUCUGGCCAUCCUCAGCAUGGCGGUGGACAUCUUCGGCCUGUCAGUCAUUGUCACCGGCAGUGAAUGUGACUUCCAACUGGAGCAGUGGCAGAAGAGUGUCAUAUUGUCCAUGCCUUUUGUUGGGUCAGUUCUGACAUCCAUACCAUGGGGCUACAUAUCCAGUGUCCACGGCAGACACAAGGCUCUCCUAAUUGCUCUUUGGGGGAGUUUUGUAUUUUCCUUCAUCAGCUCCUUCUCUGUGCACUGGAUCAUGCUGGCUGUACUCAAGGUCUUCAGUGCUAGCUUUUCUAGCGGUGUCCACUCCAGUGCUUAUGCUCUGUUGAAUGAAUCAUGUUGUGGCUCCGUGCGAGGAGUGUACAUGCUGAUCAUGACCAGUGCCAUGAUGCUGUUCGUGCUGUCCUAUGUCGUGCCAGCCUACUUGAUACUCCAGUUUAACUUCUCAUACGACCUGGAUAUUCUCAUCUUCACAUCCUGGAGGCUGCUGACCAUCACGCUUGCUGUGCCACUCGGCAUCAGCGCAUUCUUUCUACAUUUUUACUACGAGAGCCCCAAGUUCCUGGUGAAUGUCGGUCGUGAAGAACUGGCUCUGGCGUAUCUUGCCAAGAUCUGGGCGAGAAAUGGUCGAAAGGGUGAUUAUCCUGUACAAAAAUUACGUCUAAAUGAAGACAGAAGUUUCAAAUAUGAAGAUGGACAUAUUUUGAGGUCCAUGUGGCUACAGAGUGUACCGUUGUUUAGGAAACCACUGCUCUGGAGGACAUUGCAACUCUUCUACUUGACAACCAUCGUUUAUAGCGUUAACAACAGCUUGGUAAUUUGGAUGCCGUACAUCAUUGGAGCCUUCACGGAUGGCAGUAGCUCAUACAAUGGAGACGGAUCCAGAAGUUUGUGCAGCAUUCUCAAGUCUACGUCCUCUGAAUAUAAUGAAACUUCAAUAUGCGACUCAUCAAUCAAGUCUCACACCCUGAUAUCAGCCAUCACCCACGGUCUACUCUUUGCAACCAUCACCCUGAUGAUAUCCAAGCUGGCUUCCAGAAAGAAGUUGCUAAUGAUCCUGUUCCUCUUCAUACCAGCUCUGUCAAGUCUUGGAGCGGUUUACAAUCAGAACAACAUGGCUAGCCUGGUGCUGUUCCUAGGAAUGACCUUCACGAAUCUUUGCAUGGGUGUACUGUUUUGCUACUAUGUGGAGGUGUACCCUACGUUUAAUAGUGGCAUGGCAGCAUGUUUGGGCGUGAUGGUGGCUCGUAUGAGCGGCCUGGCAGGAGUCUACUUCUUGGGAACCUUCGUGAUGACACACUGCACCAUGACUCUUUACACUUUCGCUGCUUAUCUGAUGAGCGGAGUCCUAGUAGCGACAUUAUUACCUCCAGAUAUUGUAACCAAACAAGUUUAAGAUUACAUUACGUUAUAGAAUAAUGGCUGAGAUUUGUACAAACUAGUUUUUAAUUAAUAAACGUAUU